GCGUUUCUGCGCAAAGCUUCAGACUUAGCAGAAAACUUGACAGAGUGUUCUCGGACAAGGCGUUAAUGCUCUGUACCUUACCUUUCCCUCUUUCCCCGUGUCCCUCUUCCUCUCUCUCAUCUCAGAAUCCCAAGGAGGAAGUCGGUCAGCUCAGGUACUGAGUUGAUCUGCGGGCUUCGUUCAUGUAGGAGAGGAGUUCGGUUGGAAAUUUGAUGAAAUAGAAGGAUACCCGUUUGAGCUUUGAGUGGGAGGUUUUGGGAAAGUGUAAAGAGGAUGGCAUGCAAAGGGUUCUUGCAGUGUCUACUGAAGCUCCUGAACUUCUUGUUGACCCUCGUGGGGUUGGCUAUGGUGGGGUAUGGAAUCUACCUGUUCGUGGAGUACAAGAGGGCGUCGAGCGAUUCCGUGGAAGUCCCGCCUUUCGGAAGCGACGAGGGUUCAAUUCCGCUCGGUCGCCCUAUGCUCGUCGCCAUCUCUCUGUCUGCCAGCACUCUCGGGAGCCUGCCGAAAGCUUGGUUCGUAUACUUGUUUAUCGGUAUUGGAGUGGUCCUCUUCAUCAUAUCUUUUUUUGGUUGCAUUGGAAUUUGCACGCAGAACACCUUCUUCUUGAGCUGUUAUGCGGUGUUGAUAAUCCUUUUGAUCUUGGUGGAGUUGGGAUGUGCAGCUUUCGUGUACUUUGACAAAAGCUGGGAAGAAGAACUACCAACCGACAAAACAGGAGAUUUCACAAUGAUAUAUGAUUUCCUGAAAGAGCAUUGGGAAAUUAUCAAAUGGGUUGCUCUUGGAAUUGUUGUUUUGCAGGUUCUGGUUUUCGUGUUGGCCCUUAUAGUCAGGGCAGCAAACAAGCCUGUAGUGUACGACAGUGAUGAUGAAUUGAUUGACCCAAGACAGCAGAUUCGGCAGCCUCUGAUUAAUAAUGUUCCUGUUGCUGGCCCCCCGGAACAGCUGCCAACUAGAACUGAUGCUUGGAGUACCCGCAUGAGGGAAAAGUACGGGCUCAAUACUUCGCAGUUCACAUACAACCCGGCCGAGUCAAGCAGGGCCCAGCAAGAAUCUCAGCCAACAGAACAGAAGAGCCGAUGCACCAUCAUGUAGUGUGGUCCUUGGGUGUCAGUUCUAAGUUAUGUAGUCCCAGUAUGAGACAAAAUGAUGCGAAAGACUUCGUAAAAGCCAGAGAGGAGCUGCUGUUCUUCCUCUUCGAGCUUUUUGUACCUAAGAGAUGAAUGCUCUCCUUUUGGUUUUCCAUGUCUCGGCUCUCAUUAGCAUUUCGGUUUGUAAAUGGCAUUGUCUGAUGAGUUUUUAACAGUGGGAGUUGUCCUCCAGGUGACUGGUUUGUCCAUUUCUCUGUUGCAUCAGAAGGGUCAGACAGACUGUUGCUGUCCAAAAGUGAAUUUCUUUCUUUUGGGGAAUGUUCAUAAGUGAAUUCCGACA